AUGGAGGCGGAGCCGCCUGAGGAGGCCCCGCCCCCGGGGCCACUGCAGCGGCAGCUCCGGACCGGCGAGUUCGGGCUCCUGCGCCGCGUCCACGUCUUCGAGAGCGACUUCGUGCAGGGGCCGGGCGCCGGCAAGAAGGAACCUGGCGCGCCGCGGCUGCAGGGGCGGCAGCGCGGGGCCGGCGCGGCGGCCGCGGCGCGGGCGGCAGAGUUGCUGCGGCGGCGGCCGGGGCUGGCCGGGCUGCAGGACGACGCCCUACGGCGGCAGCGUGACUUCGAGCGCAAGGCGGUGGAGGGGGCGGAGCCGGCCGAGCCCCGUCCCCGGGCCGAGGCGGCGCUGCGGCGCUACGGGCGGGAGCUGCGCAAGGUGCUGGCGGCCUCGGACGUGGUGCUGGAGGUGCUGGACGCCCGCGACCCCCAGGGCUGCCGCAGCCCCCGGCUGGAGGCCGCCGUGCGCCGUGCUGGCCCCCGCAAGCGCCUCGUCCUCGUCCUCAACAAAAUCGACUUGGUGUCCCGCGAUGUGGUGGCCAAGUGGCUCAAGUACCUGCGGGCCGAGUUCCCUACCGUGGCCUUCAAAGCCUGCACGCAGCAGCAGAACCGCAACCUGAAGCAGAGCCGGGUGGCAGCGGCCACGGCGCCGGCGGAGGUGCUGGCUGGGGCGGGCUGCGUGGGGGCCGACUGCCUGCUCCGGGUGCUGGCCAACUACAGCCGCUCGCAGGACGUCAAGACGGCCAUCACUGUGGGCGUCGUGGGGUUCCCCAACGUGGGCAAGAGCAGCCUCAUCAACAGCCUGAAGCGGAGCCGGGCCUGCCGCGUGGGGGCGGAGCCGGGCGUCACCAAGUGCCUGCAGGCGGUGCAGCUGGACCGGCGGCUGCGGCUCCUGGACUGCCCCGGGGUGGUGGCGGGGGGCCCCGGGGCGGCCCUGCGCGGGGGCCUCUGGGCCCAGCGCCCCGCCGACCCCCUGGGCCCCGCUGCCGCCAUUCUGCGCCGCCUCCGCCCUGACCAGGUGCGGGAGCUGUACGGGGUCCCCCCCUGCGAGGACCCCCGGCAGCUGCUGGCGCUGCUGGCCCGGCGGCAGGGCCGCAUGCGCCCCGGCGGCCUCCCCGACACCCGCGCUGCCGCCGCCGCCCUGCUGCGCGACUGGACCAGCGGGAAGAUCUCCUACUACACCGUGCCCCCCGAGGCACCGCCCGCCCCCGCCACGCUGGACGCCCGCGUCCUGACGGCCCUGGCGCCCGCCCUCGACCUGGAGGCCCUGGAGCGGGGGGAUGCAGAGGCCCUGGCAGCGCUGCCAGCCGUGGCCACCGGCAUCAGCCUGGCUCCCUGUGCCCCGGAGAAAGAGGAGGGCUCGGGUGACGAGGACGCGCAGGAGGAUGAGGCCAUGGAGGACGACGACGACGACGGUGACCUGGAGCUCGGGUCGGUGACGGUGGAGCUGAAGCCGCGGGUGAAGGGCAGCGCCGCCGCACCCCCGCCGCCCCCCGCCGCCCCCAGCCUGGAGGACGUGGCCGCCCUCGACCCGCUGCUGCAGGGCCAGGGGCUGCGGGCCGCCGGCAAGCGGAGGCGGAAGCUGCAGAGGCGAGCAGAGAAACUCGCCACCAAGCUCUCGGAGACGCUGACGGCUGCCAUGCAGCUCUGAGCACCGCCCCGGCACCUGCCGCUGCCGCCCGGGGAUUUAUUUUUCACACAAAUGAUUUUAAAAGGCUGCAUUCAAAAAUAAAGGCGUAGAAGCAUC